GUGCUGGACCUGCCCAAGGCCUCCGUGUACCAGUGUACUAAUGGUCACUUGAUGUGCGCUGGCUGUUUUAUCCACCUACUAGCAGAUGCCUGGCUGAAGGAGGAGCAGGCCACGUGCCCCAAUUGUCGUUAUGAGAUCAGUAAGAGCCUCUGCUGCCGGAACCUGGCCGCGGAGAAAGCCGUGAGCGAGCUGCCUUCAGAGUGUGGCUUCUGCCUGCGCCAGUUUCCCCACUCCCUCCUGGAGAGGCACCAGAAAGAGGAAUGCCAGGACAGGGUAACCCAGUGCAAGUACAAGCGCAUCGGCUGCCCCUGGCACGGCCCCUUCCACGAGCUGACAGUGCACGAGGCUGCCUGUGCCCACCCUACCAAGACAGGCAACGAGCUGAUGGAGAUCCUGGAUGAGAUGGACCAGAGCCACCGCAAGGAGAUGCAGUUGUACAACAGCAUCUUCAGCCUGCUUAGCUUCGAGAAGAUCGGCUACACAGAGGUCCAAUUCCGGCCGUACCGCACAGGCGACAUCAUCACGCGCCUGUACUACGAGACGCCCAGGUUCACGGUGCUGAACCAGACGUGGGUCCUGAAGGCUCGCGUCAACGACUCAGAGCGCAACCCCAACCUGUCCUGCAAGCGCACGCUCUCCUUCCAGCUCCUCCUCAAGAGCAAGGUCACGGCACCCCUAGAGUGCUCCUUCCUGCUGCUUAAAGGCCCCUACGACGACGUGAGGAUCAGCCCCGUCAUCUACCACUUUGUCUUCACCAACGAGAGCAACGAGACGGACUAGGUGCCCCUGCCCAUCAUUGACUCCGUGGAGUGUAACAAGCUGCUGACCGCCAAGAACAUCAACCUGCGGCUCUUCCUGUUCCAGAUACAGAAGUAGGACGGGGCCUCCGGAUCCGAGGAGCCGGCGGGCAGCGUCCCAGCACCGCUGCCUGUCCACCUGGCUGGCGGCUGCUUCACAUGACUGAUCAUUUUAGCAGAGGAGGAGAACGAACGAAGCCAAACACUGGGAAAGUCUGCAUGUGUGUGCACUGGGGCCCCACCUCCGGCUCACCCCUCUGCAGCCCUGCCUCCCUUCCUUCCGAGGGCACCAAGAGGCUGGGCUGACCCAAAGAGGAGGUGGUGCCUCGGGCGCCCCAAGGCUCAGAGACCGGUGGCAGCAAGGAGGCCGCUGAGAGGCACAGCGACCCUGCCCCAGCCCUUCUGCACAGCCAGGCGGUGGUGUUGCUCUGUCCUUGCACGGUUCUGGCUGGGCGCAGGUGCCUUGCUGACAUCA